CCAACAAAGGGGGACAACAAAAAGUUAGCUUUUUCUGUAGACCUCACUGGAGUUUACAGCUUUGUUUUUAUCCAAGGGUGGCAACCCUAGACGAAGCCAUGGCAACCUGGAAGAGGCACAACACAUGAGCGUUAAUCAGAUAAAACUCUGUUUUUGGAGCCCAGCCAAACUGAAGUCAGAUGUACGAAGCGGGCAGUGAGCAAAUCAAUUGUAACGGCGCUCUCAUAGAACUGCCCUCGCUGCAGGUAGUAAAACCAGCGCCCAAAAUGCCAACAGACGCAAACAUCGAUUGGCUGCUCCACAUUUAUUUCACACGCCGCCAAUUCGACAGAUGCCGCCGACUCAUCGCGCGUGAGCUGAAUCGUCAUUUGAAUGCGGAGUACCUGUACUUCGUGCAGGGCCUAAUUGACCGCGAAGCUGGCAAUCACAUCGAGGCGCUGCGCAACCUUCAAAGGGCAGCCGAGCUGAACUCCAAAAAUAUUGAGAACUUUAAGGAAAUCGGAAGGACUCUCUACCUGAUGGGUCGCUACAAUCAAGCACUCAGCGUAUUUCGGGAUGCCGAACAGCAGAGUCCUCGACCGGAUCACGAGAUCUUUCAUUACCUGGGCGAGCUGCUCUAUCGCUCGGCCGCCACACAGCCCCAACUGGAGGCAGCGCGACAGCAGCAGAAGGAGGCGCGAGAGUACUUCGAGCGGGCCGUGCAAACGGGCAAGAAACAGGAGAGCUACAUUCGACUGGCCGAGCUCUACCGCAAGGAGAAGGAGUACCAGAAGGCCAUCGAUGUGCUCGAGGCCUGUCUGCAUCUCACGCCGGAGAAUGUGGAAGUGCUGACAGAAAUCAGUGUGCUCUACUUGAAAAUCAAUGAAACGCAAAGGGCGUUUGAUCGCUUGGCUGAAAUUGUGAAUUUCGCAGGAAACUGCGAGCCGAAAGGAUUGCUGGCCCUGGGCGCCAUUUUACAGUCGCGCAACGAUGUAGACGGCGCCUUAAGCAAAUACAGCCAAAUCGCAGAUGCCGAGCCGGAAAUUGCGGAGCUCUGGAACAACAUUGGUCUGUGCUUCUUCAAAAAGCAAAAGUUCAUUGUGGCGAUUUCAUCUUUACGCAAAUCGAUUUGGCUCUCACCCCUCAACUACAAUGCGCUCUACAAUCUAAGCCUCAUAUACAUUGCCUCCGAACAAUAUGCGAGCGCCUUUCACACUUUGGCCGCAGCCAUCAACCUACGCAAGGACAAUGCCGAGUGCUAUAUGCUCCUGGGCUUGUGCCUGCGCAAGCUGGACGACAUGGAGAAUGCGUUUGUGGCUCUCGAGCGUGCCUGCAGCCUGGCCAGCGGCAAUAUGCGACAUCCGCUGGUGUUCCUCAACUUUGCGCUCUUCUGCUUUGAGACCGGGCGUCUGGCCUUGGCCACAGAGCACUACAACCGCUUCAUGAGUCACGCUCAGGAUUUAUUGCUGCCCACUGAAUAUAAAUUCCAGGCCACAAAGCUAAAGUCGCUGCUGCGCAUCUCGACGCACAGCCAGGGUAUACUAGGCGAUGGCGACGACUCCAUGCGAGCAGGAGAGGCGGAUGCAGCCAACCGGGAUGUGUUGCAGGAUGAACUACCGCUAGAAGUGAAUGCUGUGGUCAGCACUGGCAAUUGAAAAGAGAUAAACAACAAAGAGACAAAGAAAGAGAGAGAGAGAGAGAGAGCUGAAAUAAUUAACUCACAUCGAACAUUUAUUUGAAACUUGUUCAAAAUUGAAAUCAAAAAGCGUGAAAACAAAUGCGUGAGAUUUGAAGCCAAUGCAAAUACAUUAGCCACGCGACCUUAAAGCUACAUUUAAAUUACAUCUACUUAAUAUAUCUAUAUAGUAU